AUGUCGUUCUUGGUGUCCUCGUCAUCGUCUGCGGCACUCGCUCUCCUGCAGAACGUUGCCAUCUACCCAACCCCGCUGCCGCUCCUGCCGCUGGCGUCUUCCCGCUUUAUCCUGGCCCCUCUCGGCCGGCAUUCGUGCUCGCCGCGACCAGCCGGGAUCGCUCGUCCGCUCCAAGUCGCCUCGCUGGCCACCGCUGCCACCCAAGCCACCAAGCUCACACAAAACCAGCCCCCUGCGGCGGUGCCCCACACCUCCUACCCGAUUCCCUCCAUCCCGGAGGAGCUCGCCAAAGCCGCCCCAACCAUCGAUGUCGCCGCCUGGACCCGGAACAACUACAAGCUCUACUCUGGCGACAGUUCGUUCUUGGCCGGCCCCACCGAGAAGACCCAGGCUCUCUGGAAACAGUGCGAGGAUCUGCUCCUCCAAGAGUCCAAAAACAAUGGCUGUCUCGACGUCGACCAACACACGCCUUCGCUCAUCACAAGCCACCGUCCAGGCUACAUCAACAAGGAGAACGAAGUCAUUGUCGGUCUACAGACCGACGCUCCCCUCAAGCGUGCCAUCAAGCCCUUUGGCGGUAUCAACAUGGUCAAUAAUGCCUUGAAGGCCUACAAGUACCCGAUCGACCCUAAGGUCACCGAGAUCUUCACAAAGUACCGCAAGACCCACAACGAGGGCGUCUUUGACAUGUACACGCCCGAGAUGCUCCGUGCCCGUUCGAACCAUCUCAUGACUGGGCUCCCGGACGGAUACGGCCGUGGUCGGCUGAUCGGCGAUUACCGCCGUGUUGCCCUCUACGGUGUCGACAAGCUCAUCGAAGUCAAGACCUUGGACAAGCUGGGCAUCCCCGCAGCCGGCGACAACAUGUCCGACUCGGUCCUGCGUCUGCGUGAAGAGAUCGCCGACCAGAUCAAAGCCCUGAAGGCCCUCAAGGCCAUGGCGCUUGAAUACGGAUACGACCUCUCCAAGCCUGCUGCCAAUGCCAAGGAGGCCAUCCAGUGGACCUACUUUGCCUAUCUGGCUGCCGUCAAGGAACAAGACGGCGCCGCUAUGUCUUUGGGCCGCGUCGACACCUUCUUCGACGUCUUUAUCGAGAAGGACCUUGCCGAGGGAAAGAUCACUGAGGAGGAGGCACAGGAACUCAUUGACCAAUUCGUGAUCAAGCUUCGACUGGUGCGUCACCUCAGAACUCCCGAAUACAAUGAUUUGUUUGCCGGCGAUCCCACAUGGGUCACCGCCGUUAUCGGCGGCUUGGGAGACGACUGCAAGCCCUUGGUUACCAAGACCUCAUAUCGUAUCCUCAACACUCUGUACAACCUCGGCCCGGCUCCCGAGCCAAACAUGACGGUUCUCUGGCACAACGAGCUGCCCGAGAACUUCAAGACCUUCUGCUCUCGCGUCUCGAUCGACACCUCGUCGGUUCAGUAUGAGUCGGACAAGCUCAUGUCCAACCAGUUCAAUUCCACGGACUAUGGCAUCGCCUGCUGUGUCUCGGGCAUGAACAUUGGCAAAGACAUGCAGUUCUUUGGAGCCCGCGUCAACUUGGCCAAGCUGAUGCUGUACGUCCUCAACCACGGCCGUGACGAAAUCACCGGAAAGCAAGUCAGCCCCGACUUUGGCUCUAUCCCGGAUGGCCCGAUCGACUAUGACCUGUUCUGGGAGCGCUACAGCACGGCUAUGGACUGGAUGGCCGGUCUCUACGUCAACACCAUGAACGCCAUCCACUACUCGCACGACAAGUACUCCUACGAGGCCGUGCAGAUGGCUCUGCACGACACUCACGUGAGGCGCUUCAUGGCCUUUGGUAUUGCCGGCCUGUCCAUUGUUGCGGACUCGCUCUCGGCGAUCAAGCACGCGAAGGUUACCCCGAUUCGCGAUCCCAAGACCGGCCUCACGGUGGAUUUCAAGAUCGAAGGCCAGUUCCCCAAAUACGGCAACGAUGACGACCGUGUCGACCAGUUUGCUCGCAAGAUCCCCUCCAUCUUCCACCAGAAGCUGCAGCAGUACCCAACCUACCGCGGAGCCGAGCAUACUCUCUCUGUGCUGACCAUCACCUCCAAUGUUGUCUACGGCAAAGCCACCGGCAGCACCCCCGACGGCCGAAAGCAAGGCGAGCCCUUCGCCCCGGGAGCCAAUCCCAUGCACGGCCGCGAAGACUGCGGUGCACUGGCGUCGCUGAGCUCAGUCUCCAAAAUCCCCUACACCCACUGUCUCGACGGCAUCAGCAACACCUUCUCGAUCGUGCCCUCGGCCCUUGGCAAGCUUCCAAAGGAGGCCGAGCAGAACCUCGGUGCUUUGCUCGACGGCUACUUUGACAAGGGCGGUUUCCACCUCAACGUCAACGUGCUCAAGCGUGAGAUGCUCGAGGAUGCCAUGGUCCAUCCCGAAAAGUACCCCAACCUGACCAUCCGGGUCUCGGGCUACGCCGUCCACUUCACCAAGCUGACGCCCCAGCAGCAGAGAGAAGUCUUGGCCCGUACCUUCCACGACACUUUCUAAGCGACGACCCGAUCCGAUCAACCCCGUCCGCCCCAGGGCUGGAUCAUCUGCCCGAUUCCGUGGGAAGUAGUGUGGUUCCUCGUUCCUCCUUCCUCGUCUCCCGCUUCGCUUGCCCCUCUCCCCCAUACCGUUCUCUUGGUUUUUGGUUGUACAUACUGUAAGCUGUCCUCGCCCACUGUAUGUGGAUUUUGUUAUGGCCGCUGACCUCAACAGGGCCCUCUGUUUCAUUCGAUGAUCGCUGCGAUAUUGGCCCGUAUAUUGCCCAUGAAUGCGGCCGAAUGAAAAUACACUGGCCACCCAAACGAAAA